AUGACGACAGAAAUAGACGAACCAGUUUUCGCUAGCAGCAAUAAUAAUGAAAGUACAUUUGACGUUGGACAACGCCUACUUCCACCUGAUAGAAAUGGUGGUUUUUCGUUGAACAGCAAUAGUAAUAAUAAUCGUCUUCUAAUACCACGGGAUUACUGGUGGAUACUAAGCCCCAAAGAACCAAUAACCACCUACCUGGAAUUAUUCUCCUGGAAAUUCUACGCGUUCGGGGCUGAAGUCUACUCGGUAAUCUCUUUAUCCUUCAUGGGUCUAAUUCUUGAACGUCUAGCAUCUCAGCAAGGCGUAAUAACCUCCGACUACAUCACCCCAUGCACAAACUCCACGGCACUUAUAGAAUCCGAGGAAAUAAGAUGUGCGGUGAAAAUUCUCGGGCAUUACGUAGACACGGCCGCAUUUAGCAUGUACACUUUUUCAUCGAGUGUUCUUUUGCAGGCGAUUACGGCGAUUUCGAUUGGGGCGGUUGCUGAUCAUGGGACAAUGCGAAAAUUUUUGUUAUUAUCGUUUUCGUUUGUUGGGUCAGUAUCGACAAUGUUGUUUUUGGUGCCCACCUUGUUGCUUGCUUUUGUGGCUGUUUUGUCGAACGUAUGUUUUGGCGCGUCGUUCGUGUGCUUGAACGGUUUUUUACCGGUUCUGGUUAGAAAUCACCCGGAUGUACGCAAGAUCGUCAAUGAGAUUAAUUAUUACCUUGGCACUAAAACACGGAGUAAUAAUAAGGUAAACGAUGAUGAUGAUGACUUAACAACAGCAAGUACUGCAGCAGAAGAGAUUCUAUAUGUAAAUGAGAAUAUGGAGCAAGAGGUGUCAUUAUUGAAUGAUGCUAAUGAAGACGAAGAAUCAAGAACAACAACGAGAGUUUCACCAACAUCAUCAUUAACCAAAGACGAGAAAUUAACCAACCUCCUUGAAGAAUUAACAAAUACCAAAGAACAAUUAAGUUCACGUAUUUCCCUCCAAGGUUUCUCAUGGGGAUAUCUUGGUGGAAUCAUUCUGUUAAGCGUGUGUUUAUUAAUUUCAAUGUCACUCAAUGGAUCAAUAUUUAGCCUUCAGAUUGGCGUGUUCCUCACAGGCGCAUGGUGGUGUCUGGUCACUUUAGCAGUGUCAAGAUGGUUACCAAAUCGCCCUGGACCUCCAUUGAAAAAUGUUACCGGGGAGAAAUUGAGGUGGUUUGAUUAUGUCGCGUAUUCGUGGGAACAUUUGUGGUUGACUGUUAAAGAAGCGAAGAAUUUAACAAUGGCUUUUCGAUUUUUGAUUGCAUGGUUUUUAUUGUCGGAUGGUUAUACUACAAUUUCAUCAGCAUCAUUAUUAUUCGCACAAACCACUUUACAAGUACCACCUACAGGUUUAAUCUUUAUGGCCCUAAUAACCCCGAUUUCCGCGCUACUUGGAACAAUCAUCUGGCCAAAGCUACAAACCCGAUGGUUGAACCAAACAACAAAGCAAACAGUCAUCACCCUCGUCUUUUUAUUUUCAAUUAUCCCAAUGUACGGCUGUCUCGGAUUCAUACUACCCAUUGGCGGACUGAAAUCCGCGUCGGAGAUGUACGUCCUUGCAGUACUUUUUGGGUUUUUGUUGGGUAGUAUACAAGGAUAUUGUCGGACGUUGUUUUCAGAAUUUAUUCCGCGUGGGAGAGAAACAGAGUUUUUUGCGUUGUAUGCUGUUACUGAUAAGGGAUCUAGCUGGCUAGGACCGAUGUUGGUGGCGAUCAUAACUGACGUCACACAUGAAAUACGAUAUGGAUUCUUGCUGCUGCUAGUAUUAAUAUUAUUACCAAUUCCAAUUAUACAUAGUUUGGAUGUUCAAAAGGGUCGGGAAGAGGCAUCGAGCGUAGCAGAAACAGCAUUUGCUGAGAACAAUUAA